AUGGUGGCGCACGGACAGCCAGCUGGAGGCCGCUCAUGGGCCAGCGUCGCGGCGGGCGGCAAGGCCAAGGGCAACUGGAGCUACUGGGUCUGCUCCAGCGGCCAGUGCAGGGAGUGGAACUGGUGCUCGAACUGGAAGUGCCGCAGCUGCGGCCGAGUGGCCCCGCCUUGGGUCAAGGCAGCCCAGCCGCCCGCGGCUGCCGCGGGCCAGGAGCCGCCCGUCGCCGACGCCGAGGGCUUCGACUUCCUCGCGGCCCCUGGCGGGUCCAUCGACGAUGUGUGCCUGCAGUCGCUGCGCGCAGCCCUCGACCGCGAGCGUCGCAGGCUCUCGGCAGCAGAGGCGGCGCUGGCGGAGCGCAGGAAGGCCGACAUCCCCCUGCCCAAGGCGCUCCACGGCGCUGGCAACGGGCGGGCCAAGGAGCAGGCGCUGCUCAAGGCCGAGGAGGCCCACGCGGCAGCCAUCGGAGAGCGUGAGGCGGCCAUCGCGCGCGAAGCUGCAUGCGCUGCGGCCGUUGAGGAGUGCCGAGCUGCUCUCGAGGCCCACCGCGAGGAGCAGAGGGCCGCAGAGGCCAGGCAAGCCAAGGAGGUCGGCGCGGCCUUCGUCGGCACGGACUUGCUCGGGAUGGUCUUCGGCCUCAUCCAGCAGGUCGAGGCCUUGCCCCAGGGUUUCGCCGCGGGCAACGGGGAGGCCGCCUUCGCUGAGGUCGCCGCGCAGAUCGCAGCGGCCCGCAGGACGCCGCCGAGCGCGGCCAAGCUGCGCGGCGAGGAGAGGCGCACGGCCGCUGACGAGCGGGUGGCCGAGACCCUCGACGGGCGCAGCCAAGCCAAGGUGUCAAGUGACCAGAGGACGGGGAUGACGGCACAGGAGGCCUGCAUUGGCAAGGCUUGCCUCGGGCCGCAGCCCGCCCCUGAGUCGGACCCUCGAGGACCUGGCCCCUUGCGCGCUGGCCUGGAGGUCCUGGGCUGCAACGGCAACGUCUGGAACAGGGGCGUCGAGGUCCUCGAGGCCUUCUUCCACGCCCACCAGUACUGGCCGCAGCUGGUCCUCCUUCAGGAGACGAGGCUAACCCAGGGGCACCUUCCUGGGGCCAGGGCGCUGGCACGCCGCCUCGGCUACACCGCCUUCUUCCACGAGGUUGUGGCCCCGGGCCAGCCUGGCCCGAACGCCACGUCAGGCGGCGUCGCGAUCCUGGUGAGGGCUGGACUCCAGGCCGGGGAGUCCGCAUGCCAGAUCCCCGCGGCCCUGCGCCACCGCCUCAUCGGCGUAGAGGUGACGGCGCCGUCGGGCCUCCGCUUCUUGGCCUUGGCUGGGUACUUCCAGCACUGCUUGGGCCCGCGGGGGAUCAACCUCGACCUGUUCUCCUCGGUCGCGGACCUAGUGGCAUUCUCGCUCGACUUGCCCUGGGUCCUCCAGGCUGAUUUCAACAUGGAGCCCGAGCCCCUGCAGGAGCUGGGCUGGCCUGCAGCAGUUCGCGGUCAGGUGCUCGGACCCUCCGAGGCGACCUGCUACGCCCAGGGCUUGGAGCACGUCUACGACUGGUUCGUCGCGUCGUCCGACCUGGCCACGUGCACGGCGUCCUGCGCGACCACGCUCCACGACUUCGGGCUGCACCCGCACUCUUCUGUGCUGCUGCGCCUCCAGGACGUCAGGUGCGAUGCCCUGGUUGAGGUGCCCUCCCGACCUGCUCGGUUUCCAGACGUGGAGGUCAAAGGCUUGCGCUCCCGCGAGGACGCCCUGGUCCAGGCCUUCGCUGUCGGCAAGCGUGGGAAGGUGUCGCAGAAGGAUGUUGCUUGGUCAUGGGCUCAGGGUUCGCGCCCGACCUGUCUCUCCGCUGCCUUCGGCGAGUGGAUCGAGGCGGCGGAGGGCGCUCUCUCGGGCAUUCACGAGAUUGCGCCAGGCGACCUGCCACGCUACCUUGGGCGAGCGGCAGGACCCAAGACCAGGCGCAUGCCCUUCAGCGCGCUGGUGCAGCGCGAGGCCAGGUUGAAGUACAGCAUGCUGACCCACCGCCUGAGGAGCUGCCUUGCGGUCGCCCUCCAGAGGCUUCGCGCCGAGCAGGCCAGCAGGUGGCACCCGAACCACUCUUGGUGGUAUGAGCAGGAGGCUGCGGCGAGGGCGAAGCUCCUGGACGAGGCGACCCAGGAGGUGGCUGGUCUUCCGAGCGAGCCCCUCCCUGAGGCCUCCGACGAGAAGUGGGGUGACCUCGCCUUCACGCGGGGGCGUGAUGCCGCUGAAGGCGCGGCCGCUUGGCGCAGCUGGGCCCAGACGGCGGUGGAGACAGGAGGCUGCCUGGCCCACCGCUUCUCCAAGGCGGCUCCCACGCCUGUUGUCAGGGGCGCCGACGCCGGGAGGCCGCUCGUCGGCGUGGACGCCGUGGACCAGCUCACGCGCACGUGGCAGCGGCUCUGGCUCCAGGAUGGCUUCUCCCGCGGAGUCGGUGCCCACCGGUGGGAUGUUGGCUCUUGGACGCUGCCGCCCAUCACCCUGGAGGCCUUGCAGCAGGCGUACAAGCGCUACGGCCCGUCUGUGGGGUUGGGCUGCGACAACCUGCACCCUCGCCAGCUCCUUCUGCUGCCAGUGGCGCUGCAGCUUCGCCUGAUUGACAUCCUCACGGCGUUCGGGGACGAGCCCACAUCGACCAAGGGACAGGUGACGCUCAUGGUUUUCAUCCCUACAGCUGACGGCCACAGCUUCCCCUUCUUCUGGGGUCGUGAUGGCCGUGACUGCGAAAGAGCGGGUUGGAUCCACAACUGCUUCGCGGGCUUCGCGAUGGCCUCCCCGCACUUCGAGGUGGCCAGCCUGUUCCUGGACAUCCGCAAGUUCUACGAGCACGUGCGCCACGACGUCCUCUGGCCAUCCGCCCAGCGCUUCGGCUUCAACCUGAAGCUGCUGCGCGGCCUCCUCGCCAUCUACCAGGCCCCGAGGAUCGUGCUGGCAGGAGGCAUGGCGUCGGCCCCCUUCGGGGCCAGUGGCGCAGUGCUGGCGGGCUGCGCGUGCGCGGCGGCUGUUGCUAAGCCACCCCUACUUGGAGGCCUCCUCGCAGCUGGGGCUCAGCGGCCUCUUGCUACCCUGCGCAACUUGGUGGACGACGUCUCGCUCCAAGCUGUCGGCUCGGCGAGGCUGGUGGCGGACCAGCUCGUGGGGGCCAGUGGGGAAGUGCUGCGACACCUGCGGGCUCACCACCUCCCGCUCAAUGAGGGCAAGUCCGUGUUCCUGGCCUCGUCGGCACAGGUGGCGGACGGCCUCGCCGCCAGCUGGGCCGCCCUCGGCUUCGAGGUCAAGCGCGGCCCCCAGGCCCGCAACCUGGGCACCGACGCCAACGUGACCCGCAGAGGGGUCCAUGAGGGAGGCGCCCGUGCUGUGGGAGGCCUCUCCCGUGCCAGGCGGCUGAGAACCCUGGGCUCGGCGGGGGCCGCGGUGGUGCACAUGCGCCGCGCUGGCCCAACCGCCGCCAUGCUGCGGGGCAGGACGGUCGCAGGGGUGCCUGACGGCGAGCUUCACUCCUGGCGCCUGGCGGCUGCGCGCUCGGCAGGGAAGCUUCCUAAGGGCGCCCCCCUUGGGCUGAGGCUCAGGGCGAUCGAGGUGCAGCGCUCCGCUGACCUGGGCCCGAGCCCAGCCCUUGUGCGUGCCGCGGUGCAGAUGGCAACCAGCCUCCUUCAGACGGGCGAGGUGCCCCUGAAGAUGUUCGCUACCUGCCUGGAGGAAGCCGAGCUCAGGCACGGCAGCGCCAGGGCGCCCUGGGUGAACUGCAAGAACCCCGUCGACGCCCUGCUCGGACUGCUGGCUGCGGCAGGUGCCCGCAGGGCCUCCGACAGGGCUGAGGUGACGCGGCUUGGGCACGGGGCCGUCCCCGCCAUGCCCUUGUUCUGGGACGCACUCGGCCAGGUCAUCGGCCCGCGCGGCAAGUUCAGCUGCAGGGAGAAGGCUGCGGUGGUGAGCUACCUGUCCAACGCCCACUGGCCGCAGACUCGCCUCUUCGCGUCUGGCGAGCGGGGCCGCCCCCGCUGCUGCGCCUGCGGCGAGGUGCGUGGCAGCCUCUGGCACAGGCUUUUCGAGUGCCAAGCCCUGGCCGCUGAGAGGAGGGACUCGGUGUCCGCCCGCCUCCUUCGCUGCGCCACUCGAGUGAGGCAGCGAGGUGAGGAGGCGGGGGGGUGCUUCUCCAGGUGCUGGCUGCCGCAGCCCCCGCAGACGGCCUGGAGGUCGGACGCGAUGGCAGUCAUGUGGGUGAACAGGCCUGCCGACGGGCUGCUAGGCGGUCGCCUCUUCCUCGACGGCUCGGCGCUCGACCCUGAGUUCGAAUGCAUUCGUGCGGCCGGCUGGAGUAUCGUGCAGUGCGACGAGUUCGGCAACCUGCAGGCGGCGGUGCACGGCACGGUCCGCCUCGACCUGUGCCCCUUCCAGACGGCGAAGGACGGCGAGGACUUCGCGGUCUGGAUGUUGAGCCGCUACCUCGGGCCUUCGAUCAUCGAGAUCAACAUUGGCUGUGCGUCCACAGUCAGCUGCUUGAAGCUCGGCAGGAGGUAUGCGACGGCGGCCAACAAGCCCAAUGCUCACCUGUGGUCGGCCGUCUACGCCUCGCUGGACGUCGACUCGCUCAUUGUGAACAAGGUUGAGGCCCACUGCACCGAGAUCGAUGUUCGCGAGGGCAGGCGCGAGUACUUCGGCACGAUGGAGGUCGUGAGAGAGCUCUCCAGGUGGAUCGCGCAGGUCUCGAUCGUCUGGCAGGGUAGGGCCUCCAAGGACUGCGAGGGCCUCCCCGUGGGCGACGAGCGAAGGACUGCUGUCACCUUCGCGGUCCCGCUGGAGGAGCGUGCUGAAGGCCUGCGGGCGGCUCCCGUGAGCGAGUCGGACGCCGCGCCCGCCGCCGUGGAGGCCCGCGGGGAGCAGGCAGGCAGCCGCCCCGCCGCUGCUGGCGCCUGGGCCUCGGCGGCACGCGACGGCGGAGUUGCUCUGGGCGCCCUGGUCUUCGCCGUCGCUGGCCGCACCCUCGCGUGCGCCAGGUGCGGUGAGGACGGCGACGAGCAGGAGGCCGAGGUGCCGCAGGACGCCAGGGUGCGCUUCCUGAGUGGCUCGGAGUUCAGCCGGAUGUACCAGCUGGUGCCCGCUGCGGCUGGAGGCACCGCGGCGGGAGCGGGAUCGCGGAAGGCCUGGCUUUACGCUCACGGCCUCGACGAGGAGAGCCUGCUGUGCUGGGCAGAGGAGGCCGAGGAGGCCCGACUCGAGCGCCAGAGCAGGAAGCGACGCAGGGAUGACGGAGAUGGAGGUGAUUGA